ACCAUGUGUGCUUCAGCCAUCUGUCUGUCUGUCUCUCUCUUGCUCUCUCUCACUCACACCCCCCUCUCCACACUUCCCUUUCUCCCCUGUCUGUCUGUUUUUGUUUUCCAAACAAAGAGCCUUGUACAGGAAAUUGUGGACUCUGGGAGCGUUCAGGAAGGCAGAGAGCAGAUUUCCUGUUCAGACCCUACCUCAAAAAAAAAAAAAAAAAAAAAAAAGAGAAGAGAAAAAACCUUAAGGGAGCAAGAGAAGGAGUGGACGAGAGAGGAGAGACGGGAUGAGAGAGGGAGGGUCAGUAAUGUGUUAAACGGAGGAGAAAACACAGGCUGUAAUUUCUAUCCCCUCCCUGGAGCUGGAAAAAAAAAAAAGAAAAAAAAGUUUGAAGCCUCGUGUCUUGACCAUGAGUCGCGGUGAAACAUGGACGAGCUGAGAGGAACAGAGACGAGGCGGAGGAGAGAAAACGAGAAGCUCUGGAGGUCCGGCUGAGAGGAAAGUUUGAAGAGGAAGACGUAGAGAGGGGAGAAAGACGAGGGUCAGGAGGGGCUGAGGAGUGAAAACCGCCUACAGGAAACCGACUCACCGAGUCUCUGAGUUACUUUUUCACUCCGCUUUUGUGUCUCUCGGGCUGAACAGAGGAGAGGAAAAAGUGUCCGAUGUGGGGAGUGACGUCAGCCUGGUGCCUCUGAGCUCCAGAAUUCCUCUCCCACUCCAACACUUCGGACUCUCGGCCACCAUGUGAGCCCGAUGUGACUUUUUUUUUUUUUUUUUUUUUGGUUCCAGAAUCUGUUUUUCUUGUUUCCUUUCCUUUUCUCCUCGGCUCUGUAUUUCCUCUCGACUUCAGAGCUCGUUCGUCUCUGAUCUGGAUAAAACCUUGAGCUCCUGAUGAAGAAUAAAGCUGCCAAGCAGAAGUCCAAGAGGAAAGGAAGUGAAAAUGCGUUCGGCUGUGACCUGACCGAGCACCUCCAGAACUCGGGACAUGACGUUCCUCAGGUUCUGAAGACGUGUGCAGAGUUUAUCGAGAAGCACGGCAUCGUUGACGGAAUCUACAGACUCUCAGGAAUCACCUCCAACAUCCAGCGCCUCAGGCAGGAGUUCAGCUCAGAGCAGAGUCCCGACCUCACUAAGGAAGUGUAUCUACAGGACAUCCACUGCGUCGGCUCGUUGUGUAAGCUGUAUUUCAGGGAGCUGCCCAACCCGCUGCUCACCUACGAACUCUACCAGAAAUUCACGGACGCCGUGUCGGUUAAAGAGGAACAUGAGCAGCUCAAGAACAUUCAGCACGUCAUCAAGGAGCUUCCCAUCACUCAUUUCAGAACUCUGGAGUACCUGGUGAAGCACCUGGCUCACCUGGCCACCCUCAGCCACCAGACCAACAUGCACACACGCAACCUGGCCCUGGUCUGGGCUCCUAACCUGCUCCGCUCGAAGGAGAUCGAGGUGUCGGCGUGUAACGGUGACGAGGCCUUUCUGGAGGUUCGGGUUCAGCAGUCGGUGGUGGAGUUCAUCCUGAAUCACACGGAGCAGAUCUUUAACCCCGGAGCCAAUCCACCGAGACCCCCGAAAGAAGGUGCAGCUGUAAUGUGUGUGGAGAAGUACGCUACGCUGCCGGCGGUGAGUCAGUGUCCACCGAUGAAGCUGAUGAGUCUGGAGGAAGCUCAGGCUCGAUCGCUCGCUCCCAAUCACCCGGCGAGAACCGAGCGACUCAGAGAGAACAGCCUUCCCGACACCAGCACCGCUGCCAUGUACCACACUGUUAUAGAGCUUAGUGAGAGCAAGAGGAAAUUCUCUGGAAAGUCGAAGAAGUGGAAGUCCAUCUUCAGUCUGGGUCGAUCCGUCGCUGACGGCAAGGGGAAGCUGAGUCGCAAUGGGAGCGUGUUCAUGAGAGCGCAGAACGCCUCAGAAAAGACCGGGAUACGGCCGUCCAAGAGCAUGGAUUCCCUCUGCUCGCUGCCAACAGAUGACGGUAAAGCCGCGUCGGCAGGACGAAAAAACGGAUUCUUCGCUCCUGUGGUGAAAUCCCGAACCCUGGGUUCGGACAUCAACUACGAUCCUGACGAACAGGAUCCGAACUGGGAGUUUGAACUGCGAAAAGCUAGCGGCGAAACCGGGGAUGGGAAAACUCAAAACGCCUCGUCGUCAUCUUCUCCGUCUUCUUCGUCUUCAGCUUCGUCUCAGUUACAGCGCGCGCUUCCUGAGCAGCUGAAGGUCUUCAAAGGGGACGAGUUGUCCACGUGCCGGCCCACGUCCCCGAAAAACCGCCGGAUGUUGUAUUCCGGUUCCUCGCACAACGGCUCGUCGAGGCCGUCUUUUCCGGGCAGCUUGUUCCCCUUGGAGUCCUCGCCGAGGCAUCAACGUAAGGCGCUGAACAUCUCGGAGCCGUUCGCCGUGUCCGUGCCGUUGCGCGUCUCUGCGGUCAUCAGUUCCAACAGCACCCCCUGCAGGGUAGCAGGGAAAGAACGGGAGCGCAGUUUGGGAAGCUUGGGAAGUGCUAGCUUUAGAGAGCCACACCCCGGCAACAGUGGGAGCUUUGAUUUCCGAGACAGGGAGAGACUAUUUGGGGGCAGAGAGAACCCGCUCGGCAACAGCGGCGGAUACGGUAUCUAUAGCAACAGCAGCUCCGUCCCCACAGAGGAGAGUCGAAUGAAUGAGAGGAGCACCGGGGUGGUCCCCUCCGAAACAGCAGCACAGAGCAGUGAUGUGAAGGUAAAGCCUCCUGUAGAAAUGUCAGAGAACUUAAUGCCAUCUCAGUCUAAAGCAACAGAAAACCACAAAGAAAUGCCUCAAUCCUCUGGGAAAGAACUGGACGCCUCAUCAACGCAGCUCACUGAGCCAAAAAAACUGGACCAACUGGCCAUAGAGUCGAUCGAUCCAGAGCUCAGGAUCACCGAGGCCGAAACCAACGUUCCGAAGGACCAAUUGAAAACAAGUGGCUCUUUGAGCGAAAUCACUGGACAUGAUGGUGCUCUGAAUCUUACUGCUCAAGCUAAAAGAAGAAGCAGUUUACCUACUCACCCAGUGUCCUCGAAGGAACACUUCAAAGACAUCAUAAAAGGUCUCAUGGUGGACCGUUCAGGUGCUACACUUUUUAACACGACGUCGAGGCUAUCGCCGGAAACGCCAUCCAGGCACGUCAUUGACUGGAAUUACCUAGUCGCCGAUAAAAAGGAUCACAAGAGCUUGGAUUCGUUUGAGUCACUGGACGUUAUGGCACACAAGUUGCAGCUCUCACCCUUCCUUCAGUUGAAGGAGACGGAUAUUCUCCAAGAUGCUGAUCCCUGGCCUUCAGUUUCUUCACCUGAAGAUCCUUCAGCCACGGGAAACAAUGACGCCAUUGCUUAUGGUUCUAGUCUUGAUAACGAACCAUGUGCUAAAAUUCCUGACUCGUCUACAGACCAGAAUGUAGACUUACCAAAGGACCAUGAUGACGGUAAAAACGACAAGAAGAAAACGAGCAGUAUUACUGUUCAUUUAACAUCCAAAGUAAAGGGUAAGAUUGAAAGGCUUUCGAAAUGCUCGGACGAAAAACGCCUCACUAUAGAAAUUCCGAGUCAAGAUGAUGACGAUAUUUGGGGGAGUCAUUUGGCAGGACUGGAUCAAGUGGAGCCCUGGGAAGACUUGAGCACCGCCAAACAGUGGGUCACAAGCCCGCUCCACUCAACAAAACUGGAAGAUCUUUUCUCUCUGUUUAAAACACCAGCGCCAGCUUCGGGAGCUGAAAUCAAAACAUCUCACGAGUCGAGCAUCAAUCACAAUCAAUCACAAAAAGACGAGAAGAUUGUGGAUGAAGAACCUACAGCAGGGAAAGCACCAGAAAAUACAGCUAUAACCCGUGAACCUGGUCUCGAGCUCUCUUCCAAUGUCAAAAAAGCAGAUGAGUCAGGUUGUGAAAACAUAACUGAGCUCUUACCUGGUGAUACCUUUGAAGAACCCGGAGAGAAAGAGGAGAUGAAACAGGACCUUCCACAGCCUCCACAAGCCAAGACUACCGUCCACCAAGAGGAGACUACCAGAAUCCCAAGGAGGAACAGUGGUGCACCAAAACCAAAGACUUCGGUCUAUUCUCAAAGAUUUCAACGACAGGUCUCUCACGAGCCCUGCGUUGCCGUGAGGAACGAGGAAAACAUUGCUCCGAAACACAGACCAUACUCCCUUAACCUGGAUUUGGGAAACCGGUGCAUCAGGGACAUCUCAAAUCAGCAGAACUUUGAUCUUGCAGACCAUUCCUCUUUGCAGAGGGGGGCAAUCACCCCUUCUGGAACAAAGCACGAUGGGUUGUCUCUGGAACUGGAGAUGUUCCUAAGGGACCGACAAGCACCCAUGCGACGCAACUCAGCGCCGGUUAGCGUGUCUUCGGUGCGCACUGCGUUCAUGAUCAAAACGUGUCAAGCCAAAGCGGUGCCUGUUGUACCUCCGAAAGUCCAGUACAGCCACGUACCACAUCCGGUUCAUCCGGAGAAGGCCGGCCAUGAGCAAGACAAACGGGAAAGUGGACCUGAGAAGAUCAAAGUAGAGAAAGCAGAUACUUUACCUCCUCUCCAGGCAGUAAAGGAUUCCAAAGAGGAAAGGGAAAACUGCAAACCGGUCACAAGGAUCCACAGACAGGCGUCCAUGGAAAAAACACCCGACAUGUGCAAGGCAGCGCCGGCCCCUGAGUUUCCCGUACUGAGGAGGAAGCGGUCUGCCAACGGAGACUCCUUUAUGGACUGUCCCAGACCAGAAAGAUCUACCUUACUUCAAAGGUCUUCCUUCCGGAAUCGUCCAAGACCCCAGAGCCUCAUUCUCUUCAGUCCUCCCUUUCCUAUCAUGGACUAUCACCCAGCGGUGGACGACGGAAAACUUGUCCUGUCACCCAUCAAGAGUCCUGCUGAAACAUCUCCUCUUGACGUCCUCUCUAAGGAGCUCACAGAGAACCUUAAAACCCCCGACGGGGUCACCCUACGAAGCAAGAUGACGUUGCCCAAGAGCGGACAGAGAUUGGAAACCUCUACAAGCUGCUUUUACCAGCCCCAGAGGAGGUCUAUGAUUUUCGACAACAGGAGCAGUCGGCAGAUCGAGUGAGCCGCCUGUUAGACUCGUGAAUGUUCACGUCAUAGCUAGAGAACAGUUGCUGAAUGUAAGAAGUUCCUGUUUAUUUCCUGCACCAUAUUCUACUUGCUGACCAAAACAUUCUCGACUAACAAGGUGCCGUUUAAUUCUACAGGCGAUAAAUGUAGGACUUUUUCGUUGUUGUAAAAUGCUGCUGCUAAGGAACUUUAUCACAUCAAGGAGCCCUUGAAGAUAAAUCAAAAGCAUUUUAUUAUUUUGUUUCAGUGAAGUAGCAUUGAAGAUACGUUUAGUGUUAACUGCUGUACGUUUCUGGCUCACGUGCUCUCGAAAUGGUGAAGACGGUGAAGAUGAAGUUCCACCGAAUUACAAAGAAGUGUUACACGGAUCAAGCAAUCAAAUAAUUCAGGGGAUUUUUGUCGUUCGGGUCAGAUUUCUAAAUAGUAUUACAUCGUCCGAUGUGUGUAUUUAAUUCUUCCUUGCAUACCCAUUUCAGGGAUUAUGGAAUGAGAGCCCAAAUCUGAUUGGAUACCUGAUAACUGAAAUCAAAUGGAAUGA